GGGGCUCAGGGCCGGCAGCUGGACUGGAGUUGGACCAUGACGAAGGCGAGGAGGACGACGACGACGACGACGAGGAGUCGGAGCCGCUCCUGGGCGCGGCGGCCUCGGGCUGGAGCCGCAGGAGCCGGGAGAGCCGCAGCGCCGCAGCACAUACAGGAAAUGUUGGAAGUACUGCAGAGAUGAAUUUCUUUUUGGAUGAUCCUGAAUUUGCUGAAAUCAUGCAGCGAGUAGAACAAGCCAUAGAAUGUGGAGUCUUUCCCGAAAGAAUUUCCCAGGGAUCCAGUGGGAGCUACUUUGUCAAAGAUUCAAAGAGAAAAACUAUUGGAGUGUUUAAACCAAAAUCUGAAGAGCCUUAUGGUCACCUAAACCCAAAAUGGACCAAAUAUUUUCACAAAAUCUGUUGCCCCUGCUGUUUUGGUAGAGGCUGUCUUGUUCCGAAUCAGGGAUACCUUUCUGAAAGUGGUGCCUAUCUUGUAGACAGUAAACUGGGAUUAGGAGUAGUACCUAAAACAAAGAUUGUCUGGAUUGUUAGUGAGACCUUCAACUACACUGCAAUAGAUCGUGCAAAAUCAAGAGGGAAAAAAUAUGCUUUAGAAAAAGUGCCUAAAGUUGGCAAAAAAUUUCAUCGAAUAGGACUACCUCCUAAGGUUGGCUCCUUUCAGCUGUUUGUUGAAGGCUACAAAGAAGCUGACUAUUGGCUCAGGAAAUUUGAAACGGACCCUUUGCCUGAGAAUACAAGGAAACAAUUUCAGUCUCAGUUUGAAAAAUUGGUUGUGCUUGAUUAUGUCAUCAGAAACACUGACAGAGGCAAUGACAAUUGGUUAGUCAGAUAUGAAAAGCAGAAUGAUGAGAUUGACCUUUCUGAUAAGGAUAUCCAGUGGCUUAAUGAAAAAGAGCCUAUUAUUAAAAUAGCAGCAAUUGAUAACGGUCUAGCUUUUCCUUUCAAACAUCCUGAUGAAUGGAGGGCAUAUCCAUUUCAUUGGGCUUGGCUUCCACAAGCAAAGGCUCCUUUUUCUCAAGAGACAAUAGAUUUGAUUCUUCCGCGGAUUUCUGACAUGAACUUUGUACAGGACCUUUGUGAAGAUCUUUAUGAACUGUUUAAGACCGACAAGGGUUUUGACAAGGCUACUUUUGAAAAUCAAAUGUCUGUGAUGAGAGGACAGAUACUUAACCUUACUCAGGCAUUAAAGGAUGAAAAAAGUCCUCUUCAGCUCGUCCAGAUGCCCCGUGUAAUUAUGGAGAGAAGUCAUGGUGGAAAUCAAGGACGACUUGUUCACCUGAGCAAUGCAUUUACACAGACUUUUCAUAGCCGGAAGCCUUUUUUUUCCUCCUGGUAGAGACGAUUAUAUGUCUUCAAUUUAGCAAGACUUUCCACUGUGUAAAGGGUUCAGAAUAAUGCAAUUCUGCUGUACACAGACUGCUGGACUGCCAAAAUCUCAGAACUUAAGUUUUGUAUUUUGAAUGUAAUAAGUUUACAGUUUGUUUAAAAUUGUGAAAUUUUACAUCAGGGAAAUGAGGAGCUUGUCCUAUACUGUAUUUUUAUAGACAGUUUAAUGUUUUCUGUAUUUAAUAUUAAAAGGGAAAAAUAAAGUUUACAGAUGCCAAAGACUACUUUUGAUUAAAUUGUACGAAGGAAGUGUUUUGUUGCAUACAAAUGUCAAAAAUCAUGUCUAAUUUUGUGAGAGAUUAAGCACUGCCUUUUCAUUCCUCUACUGUAAGAAAGCUGCUUGAAAUUCUCCCUUAAUAACAAUUAUCAAAUUGUUACAUGGGUUCUUACUGAUUUAUGGACUCAAAAUAUUACAGACUUGUCUCUUGAUCAAGUUACCACUGGGAUCUGGGACCAAUAUUAUUGUAUCUGCUUUUAGAAAAUGCAGGCAUGAAAAAGGACUAAGUUAAUGCCACAAUGCCAGAGGAAACCCUCCUGCAUCAAAAAUUUUGCUUGAGGGCAGGGAUGGAAGCACGUCUCAACCUAUGCCUCUCACCACUACAUUAGCAAAGUGAAAUAUAUGUGUAGCUUUUAUCCCUGCUGAAAAAGGGGUAGAUGGAAUGUUCAAUUAGGUCCAAUGAAUAUAUGUGUAGGUUCUGGGUUAUCCCUUGGAGGUAGAUGUAAAUUGAGGAAAUGCUGGUGCUCCCUCCGUUAUUCCUCGCCUCGCUACAUUCUUUCUCUCUCCUUGAUAUUUAAAAACAACUUUAUGGAGAAGGGAAGAUGAAGGCACGUUUAAUGACCUUCUGGUUAUUGAGACUUAAAGUAUGCCAAAGAUGUGUGUUUUUGUUGUGGACCGUGUUUGGGAUUAGCGUAACAAUACCAAGAAUUCACAAAGCUUGGCUUUUGGGGAGCUGUCUGCCAAUAUGGUGUAUGCUUUGGCCUUGAUAUUUUGUGGUUCAUUUGUAAGAAUGAUGUAUGUGAAAAUUAAUAUAUUUUCUUUAAAUAGAUCAACAGUUUCAUUAAAAUAAUAUAUUUGUUUUUUAAAAAACAAAAACCUGCCAAUUAAAUUUGUGAACUGACAUCAAAAUGGAUACCUUCCAUUACUGAUGGUAUAUUUCUGCCCCCACCCCCCAUAUUGGUAUCCUAGACACCCAAAUGUGCUGUGAAUUAGAAAUGGAUCCCUAUCCAUUUUAUUAUUAUGAGACAUGUCAGCAACCCUAAGCUAUUUUCUUGGCUUCAAACAUUAAUUGCAGAGAAAUCUAUAGAUUUCUAUAAGUUGGUAAUACCUGUUCUAAAUUCAGUGUUACGCUUAAAUGAGAGGAUCUCAUAUACUGUCUGUAGCAAAGAUUGCUGUUAUGAAAGUUGUAUGUUUGGUACUUCCAGAAAUGCUGUGUCUUGCUGCUGAGCAAUAUUCCUGAAGUCCCCUUUUUUAAAAAAAGAAAAGGGGGUGGGGUGUUGGUAAAACAAUGUAGCAUGUUGGAACAAUUCACUUGGUAUACUAAAAUGUAUAAGCCUUAAAAUACAAAACUCACUGUACUGUAGGAUUAGAAGACAGUCAUGUUUAUGAACUUAUGGUGGCUUCAGUUUUUAUCAACUCCCGUAAAUUUUAAAAGGAUGUAUAAGAUGACCAGACUUUGCUGUCUAAACCCAAUAAAGACAUGGUCUAAAUUA